AUAAAUACUAAGUACAUUUCUAAUUCCUUCAGUUACUGUCCAAUUUGUUGCAUUAAACAUUUUUCCAUUUCAGAUCUUCCUUAGUUGUCAUUGGGUGAAAAAGGCAAGCUAAGUUAUUCGGACCCAUAGAUUCUAGCCCAAAAAUUGCACUUGCCAUAACUCCUUGUUGCCUGAUUAGUUUGAUGAAUUUCAGUUGUAUGUGUGUGUCAUACAUGUGAUAUUGGGAUUGGAGACAACAAACUUGUGAAGCUAUGGUUUUUACAGGAAACUGGAGAGACACAUCAUUGUUGGUUGUGACUUGCUACUGAUAAAGAAUGAAGAAGAUAGUGACUGGGGUAGGACCAAAAAACGUAGCCGUUCAUAUGGCAACUUUUUCCGUUUCAAGGACAUUAAUAUUUGUUGCCAAAAACAGAUAGCUUUUUCUCUCCAAAUUCAUGGAUUCUUCAAACAGCAAUGGAGGAUCACAGAGGCUCCUGGACUUGGCGCAACGGCUCCGCCUUGACAAGCCCCCACCAUUCCCUGAAGACAUUUUGGAUCAGAUCAUGGAAGAGAAGGGAGAUAAGGUUGUCUCAGAAGUGAGUUACACAGAAUCAGCCACCCCAAUUGCUCAAAACACAGAAAAAAUUAGAUACAAGAGAGCUGCAGUUUUGAUCUGCAUAUUUGAAGGAGAUGCUGGGGAUCUGAGAGUGAUACUCACUAAACGCUCUUCCAAGCUUUCCACUUACUCUGGUCAAGUGGCCUUGCCUGGCGGGAAAGCGGAGGAGGGGGAUAAAGAUGAUGGGGACACUGCAAAAAGAGAGGCAAUGGAGGAAAUUGGGUUGGACCCUGAACUUGUCGAUGUUGUUACUGUUCUUGAACCAUUUUUCUCCAAGUACCUAAUGAGAGUGAUUCCUGUCAUUGGCAUUCUUCAUGACAAAAAAGCAUUCAAACCUGUUCUGAAUCCUGCUGAAGUAGAAGCUGUAUUUGAUGCACCUUUAGAAAUGUUUCUUAAGGAUGAAAAACGGAGUCAGAAGAAGAUGCAGUGUAUGGGAGAGAAUUAUCUGAUACAUUUGUUUGACUAUGAAAUCGAGCAUAAAAAAUUCCUUAUAUGGGGUUUAACUGCUGGGAUCUUGAUAAGGGCUGCAUCAGUUGUGUACCAACGACCUCCAGCUUUCAUGGAGCAGAAUCCUAAAUUCAAGCUUCCUGGGGAUUUAACUAUGUAAUAAUGCAUUGAAUUAGACAUUUAAUGUAUUUUAGCCCUUAACAUGUGUUCAUUCUACAAUAAUAUUCAUCACAAAUGUAGAUUUUAAGAGUAGGUAGGUAUUUAUAUGUACUAAGAAAGGAAAAGUGUCCAGGCACUUGGAAUUCAUAUUCCUACUUACAAAAUGCCAUCAGUAAGUUUCAUUGGUUUACUCCCAAAGAUGUAUCAAAAAUCUUAGAAUAGAAUAAAAUAAACCAUCGAUUUCAUUUUUAAAGUA